CGAAAUAAAACUGAAGAAGUGAGCUAAGAGCUUCAGACCCAUAUGAUGUCAUAUGACAUGCUAUAUAUUUUCAUCACCAACUAGAAAGACUCCCAGCGAUCCAAACUGACACUUCGAUCACCGAUCAUCUAUCGGUAUCACGAUCGAUCGAGUUAGGGUUUAUUGAAUAUGUUGCCAAUGGAGAAUCUGCCAUUUCACGACGGUAACAUAUACAAUCUUAUUGAGAACAGACACUACGAAGUUCGCCGUGAUGUUGAUCACACUUUGCAAAUGCACUCAUCGUUUAUACGGAGGCUCUCUCAGGAAACAGAAUUGGAGGGGCACCAGGGUUGUGUAAACAGUGUGGCAUGGAAUUCUAAAGGUUCACUUUUGAUAUCUGGAUCAGAUGAUACACAGAUGAAUAUUUGGAGCUAUAAUAGCAGAAAACUUUUGUAUUCCAUAGAUACUGGCCAUUCUGCAAACAUAUUCUGUACAAGAUUUGUUCCUGAAACUUCUGACGAGCUUGUUGUCUCUGGAGCUGGAGAUGCUGAGGUUCGAUUAUUUAAUUUGUCUCGCUUAAGUGGGAGAACUCCUGAUGAUAAUGCUAUCGCUCCUCUGGCACUGUAUCAAUGUCACACGAGAAGAGUGAAAAAAUUAGCUGUUGAAAGUGGAAAUCCCAAUGUCGUAUGGAGUGCUAGUGAAGAUGGAACCUUGAGACAACAUGACUUUCGGGAGGGCAAUUCUUGUCCUCCAGCAGGCUCUUCUCACCAAGAAUGUCGCAAUAUUCUCGUGAGUGCUAACACUGUUGCCACUUGCCACUGUGAGUAUGUUGCUAGUGGAAGUGAUGAUGGUAGAUGGUAUAUUUGGGAAAAGAAAACUGGAAGAUUGGUAAAAAUUUUGCAUGGGGAUGAAGCUGUUGUGAACUGUGUGCAGGGCCACCCAUAUAAUUCCGUUGUGGCAACAAGUGGGAUUGAUAACACGAUAAAGAUAUGGAGUCCAAAUGCUUCUGUCCCAUCGGUUGUCGCUGGGGGAGCAGCUGGACCUGAAACUGCUGACAUGUUGGAUAUCAUGGAGAAUAAUCAACGGAAAUUAUGCCGCAAGCGUGAAGCGAUCCUUCCCUUUGAACUUCUGGAGCGGUUUCGAUUGCGAGAAUUUACUGAAGGAACUUUUCAUCCUUUCGAGUGUGCUCAGAGUUGAUCUGGCUCAUAGUUAUCAAUUGUUGGAUGCAGGUGAAUUAGGGGAUGUGUUUUUUAUAUUAUGCAAAGAGUUGAAUAAAGAGUUACUGGUGUUUGGAAUUUCGCAGACCAUGUGAAGCUUUUUGCAGUCCUCAAAGAUGAGCUCAAAUACUGAAUAAGGAGAGCUCUUUGUAAAUUUUGUAGAGCUGCUUUAAUGCCUCUAUUAUGUACUAUUAUUUUUCUCUUUCGUCUGAUUAUGUAAAUCAUUUUUUCCUUGAUGUAUGACCGAACAUAUUCCUGUACAGAUAAAAACAUUUUUUUUAGCCUGAUAUUACAUUCUCAAUGCUUGUACCAUCAACUCAGCAUUGUCAUUGUCAUCUUUGUUGGCACGCAGUCUGGUUAGGUUCGCUGUUAAAAGUUCUCAUGAAGUUUGGUGUGGACAUUGUUUUUCUUUGAGACUCAGAAAUAUUCAUUUUGUAUGAAGCGCAUAGGGUUAUGAUUUUUU